AUGCUGCACUCGGCCCACGCCGAGAUCCGGAUUGUGUUGGUCGGUGAUGUCGGCGUUGGAAAAUCAUCACUUAUCAUGGCGUUAUUAAAAGAAGGUUUCGUCGAGGACGUGCAAACCGUCGUACCGGAAGUCACGCUGCCAUCUGAAGCCUCGCCGGCAGGUGUGACGACCAAAAUUCUAGAUACAGGCUCUGGUUUUGCAUAUCAGGAGCGAUUGGAGACGGAGUUACGUCGUGCGAAUGUGGUGGUUUUGGUGUACAGUGUGACUGAUCAGGAGUCGUUUGAGCGCAUCACGUCGUAUUGGCUGCCCAUGAUGCGCUCGCUUGGCAUCAAUGUGCCAGUGAUUCUGGUCGGCAAUAAGGUUGAUCAUCGCCCUUCAGAUAUUGAAGAAGAUGCGCUGGAAGAUGAAAUUGCACCUGUUAUGGCUGAAUUCAAGGAGGUCGAAACAUGCAUUGAGUGUAGUGCGAGUCUUUCACUCAAUGUUGGCGAAAUUUUCUUCUACGCUCAAAAAGCUGUGUUGUACCCCACAGCACCACUGUAUGAUUCACGCUCACACACUUUAAAACCAGCUUGUAUUGAUGCUUUGCGCAAUAUUUUUCAUCUCUGCGACGCUGACAAAGAUGGCGUGCUGAGCGACGAGGAAAUCAACAAUUUUCAGUAUGAAUGUUUUGAUGCUCCGCUUCAACUCCAAGAGCUCUUAGGUAUCAAGCAACUUGUCAUGGAAGGUUCUACUCCGUAUGAUUCUGCGCAUCUUCGUAACGAUGGCCUCACUCUAGCCGGCUUCUUGUACCUCCAUACGCUAUUUAUCCAACGUGGCCGUCUUGAGACGACAUGGACCGUACUAUGGUCAUUUGGAUACGGCAUGGACUUAACCUUGUCCAACACGUAUGUGUAUCCUCGUUUUGAUGUACCGAGCGGUAUGAACGUGGAAUUAUCCCCUCUUGGAUACCAGUUCUUUACUGAGGUAUUCAAAGCACAUGAUAAAGACCAUGACGGUGCACUGAAUCCCCAUGAGCUCGAACAAUUGUUCCAAACCGCACCAGGUGGGCAGCAUCCGUGGGGAUCAUUGAACUUCCCGUCUGGAACUGUUACAGAUGAGUCAGGUGCUGUGACACUUCAAGGGUGGCUUGCACAAUGGAGCAUGACAACGCUUCUUGAGCCACGCACAACUCUUGCAUACCUUGCUUACCUCGGGUAUCCGCUCUUUGCACAUGGUAUCAGGGCACAUGGCACACCAUCCUCUUCUGGCAUGUCAACACCGUCUUGCGCGAGUGCUGCACCUGCUUCAUAUGCUUGGCUGGAUGGAACAGCUGUAGGCGUGCUGUCUGGAAGUCAAGCUCGAUUCGUGCCCACGACAUCUGCUCUGAAGCUUGUCCGUCCACGUAGGCCAAGCGAACGUCGGCGCUCAAAUACUGAACAAUGCAGCGUAUUCCUUGCACUCGUUUUGGGUGCUCAUGGAAGCGGAAAAACCGCAUUACUUCGUAAUCUCGUUGGAAAACCUUUUCAGGGCAAAUAUACUCCAACGCACCGACUUCAACGUGCUGUAGCUGCCGUUGAACAAGGUGGUGCUGAACGGUACCUGGUCCUCCAGGAAUAUGGUGCACACAAUGAAGCUGAGGCAUUGCGGAAACCAUCGAAGCUGAAUAACGUGAAUGUCAUCGUGUUCGUGUACGACUCUAGUGACACAAAUUCGUUUUCGUACAUUUCGAACCUAAGGCAACAAUACCCCUACCUCGCCUCAUUUCCAACGCUAUUUGUCGCAACAAAGUCUGACCUUGACCUUGCGCGACAACGGCAUGAGGUUCAGCCGGAUAUGUACUGCCGCAAGCUUGGGCUCAAUAUACCGCACCUCGGAGCUGGACCGUUGAAUGUCAGCGCCUAUCUGGAUGAGAUGGCUCAGCUGUACAAUAUCCUUCUUAGCAUUGCCAUGGAUUCUCGUGGUGCUGUUCCAGCGCACAGUGGCUCGCUGAGUCCUGUACGUUUCCGUUGGCGCAUUAUGGCGCUAUGGUUCGCCGCUGCUACUGGAUCCACGGCUUUGCUUUGGGCUAUGUGUCGCAUGCUUUCCCCUCGCACAGGCUCAAGUCUUGUUGGCUCUUCGCGCGUACCGUGGAACCUAUGGUGGAAAGGCACAAGUAGCGGGGCUUCGAGCUCAGCCACACUUCGAAUGGACCUGUGA